AUGAAAUUUAGACUUUCAAGCCUAUUAUUGCUUUGUUGCUUUACGGCAACAGCUCUUUCGGACGACAAUCAACUUGACAAAAAAAUAAAGAACGUAGUUUUAAUAAUUCUUGAAAACCGUUCAUUCUCAAAAAUUGCUGGAUAUUUUAACUACUCCUCGGAAAUUCGCGGUUUAACCGGCAAAGAAUACAACUUGCUAGACCCCAAAGAUCCGAAUAGUCUAAAAAUCUAUGCUACAAAUGAUGCAGUUUACGUCGAUAAAGAUGACCCGGGUCACUCUAUUCCUGAUACAUACGAGCAAAUCACCGGCAUACAAGGAGGUGAUCCCAGAACUCCAAUUACCGGUGUUCCACCAAUGUCCGGCUUCCUGCAAAAUUUCAGACGCGUCACGGGUGCUAGUAAGACUGAUGUCGCAAGAUUGAAACAUGUUAUGGACGCUUUCAAGCCGACUGAUUUGCCGGUCACCUAUGAGCUGGCAAAGAAUUUCGCGUUGUUUGAUGGAUGGUAUGCGAGUGUUCCUGGUCCAACUACUCCUAAUCGACUAUAUAUUCACACGGCAACAUCAAACGGAAUAUAUGAAACUAGUUAUCUGAACGACAUAACUGGAUUUAAUCAAAGAUCUAUUUUCGAUAAUCUUGACGAACAAGGCAUUACUUGGAAAAACUAUUAUUCCUUAUUCCCGGAAUUGAUCUCAUCCCAAAAACUUCGAAACAAGUCUGGAUUCUCGAAGAUGAAAAAAUUGGACGUAUUCUUUGCAGAUGCUAAAGCUGGAACUCUCCCACAAUACAGUCUUGUUAAUCCCAUUUUUUCAGGAUAUCCUAAUGACGAUCAUCCGCCUUAUAGCGUUGCAAAUGGAGAACGGUUUAUUAAAGUAAUUUACGAAGCUUUGCGUGCUUCACCUCAAUGGAACAAUUCUUUACUUAUAAUCACUUGGGACGAACAUGGCGGAUUCUACGACAAUGUUCCACCACCAUCUAAUGUUCCACCACCAGAUAACGUCGCUGCACCAAACUUUAAGUUCGAUCGUCUUGGGCUUCGUGUACCAACACUUUUGAUUUCUCCUUGGAUUAAAAAAGGAACAGUUGUUCACAAUCCUCCGAAAAAUGACACGUACUUUGAGCAUUCUUCAAUUCCGGCCACAUUGAAAAAGAUUUUUGGUCUCCCAAGAUUCCUGACGAAACGUGAUGCCUGGGCUGGCACAUUCGAAUAUCUUUGGGCUGAUGUACCUUCUCCACGUACAGACACUCCCACUACGCUUCCGAAUGUUCCAAUAUCAACUCCCAAACAUCGUAGAUCCCGAGUUGCAGCUAGAGACGUUUUUGAUUUGGACGGUUGUCUGCAAUUAUUAGCAUCAUUCCUAAAUUUAAAUAUUUAA